UAAAAUCGUGCGCAGAAAUGGCAACAAAAAAUUUCGCUGGCCCUUCUCCUUACACCCUAAAGCAGAGUUACCCACCUGAGGACUAUGAUCAUACUGAAUACGUUAACAAUGUAACCACUAAUCUCAAAGCCAAGCAUCAGAAAAAACCCGUGAUUGGGGCAAUAUUCGGUCUUGGACGCGCUGGAUCAAUUCAUCUAUCAAGUAUCAUAGGUAACUCACGGAUCAUCUUGAAGUACAUCGUCGAUGAUCAGACUAGCAAGUUUGCCGACCUGAAGAAAUACUGGAGAUUGAGCGAUGAUGUUGUUUUCGUUACCUCUAAGGAGGCUGACAAAGUCUACAAGGAUAAAAGCGUGAACGUUAUCUUCAUCGCUUCACCCACCUACACUCAUCACGACAUUGUAGUGAAAUCAAUUGCUGCUAACAAGGACGUAUUCUGCGAGAAGCCUAUUGCUGAGAACAUUGAGGAUACGAAGAAGUGCUACGAGGUGGCUAAGGCCAAAGGCCGUGUUUUAUUCGCUGCUUUUAACCGCCGCUUCGAUCCGGCGUAUCGGGGUCUCAAGGAUCGCGUCAGGCAGGGAGAGGUCGGUCACGUACAGAUCCUUAAAGUCACCGCCAGAGACUCCCCUCUUCCUAGCACUGAUUACCUAAAGACGUCAGGAGGAGUAUAUCAUGAUUGCUUAGUGCACGACAUCGACAUGUCAUGUUGGGUGCUUGGAGAACUCCCCACGCGCGUGCAGUCUUUCGCCUCGUCUCUUAUACCCGAGAUCAAAGCCAUAGAUGACUUCGAUACAAUUGCGUUUCUGCUCACAUUCCCCUCUGGUGCCAUCGUUCUUGGUGACAAUAGUCGCUUCUCUGCUUAUGGUUAUGACCAGCGACUAGAAGUAUUUGGAAACAAGGGAAUGAUCAAGGUGGAGAACCAAAGGCCAACUCAUUCAGUGGAGACAGUUAUUGGUCAUGAAGGCAUCAAACAAACACCUAUCUUCUUCUCCUUCCCCUCACGUUUUAAGACAGCCUACAAAUUAGAGCUGGAACAUUUCUUGGAAGUGGUGCAAGAGGGAAUACCUAUGGACGUGACUAGCUGGCAAUGCCUAGCUGUAAGCAAGAUAGCUACAGCCCUGGAGACAAGUGCGCGCACUGGUGCCGUGGUUAAUCUUGACUGGAGCAAGGAUGGCAUCCCUGCUGUUUACUCCUAAAUAUUUUUGAAAAGGAUCAUUACAGUUUGUUAUGUCAUCUUUUAUUACGUCAAUAAAUUUUGCAAACU